AUGAACGACCCCGGACUAAACAACCUCCUCAAGUGGGGCAUCCAAAACUCCGAAGCCUCACGCACCGACGGAGCCGCUGCAGACCAGCGGCCCGCCCAGAUCGAUGUCGAGGCCCUGCAACGCCUCGUCACCGGCAUGUCAGGCCCAUCAGACGCCCAACUCAUGCAAGAGAGCAUGCAGGUCAUCCAGAAUGAGGAAGCAGAACUCGAGCACAGGACGACCGCAUUCGACAACUUCGAGCAGCUCAUCGAGAACCUGGACAAUGCGAACAACAUCGAGAGCUUGGGCCUGUGGACACCACUUGUCGAACAACUCGAGAACAAGGAAUCCGAACUGCGAUUCUACGCUGCAUGGUGUUGCGGCACGGCUGUACAAAACAAUAUCAGGACGCAAGAGCGACUUCUUGUUGUCGGCGCUAUUCCCACAUUGGUUCGGAUGGCCACUUCAGAUGCCGAUAAGAAAGUCCGCAAAAAGGCCAUUUUCGCCCUGUCCUCGUCGGUCCGAAAUUUCCAGGCAGGACUCGACGCCGCUCUCGAGCAUGUGCCCGCCGAACUCAAGCCUGAAGAAAAGUUGGAUGCCAACGACAUGGAAUCAGUAGAUUUGCUGAUCAAUAAGCUGCGCGACAAUGUAUAG